UCUUACAGUAUUCAUAAUACCGCAGCGAUGGGUGAUGGCUAUAAUGGGCUUUUUGGCGGUGGCGAAUGCGUACACUAUGCGCGUAUGCCUGAACAUUGCCAUCACACAGAUGGUGCGGAGGCGGCAUAACGCUGUCGGCGUCGACGACGGCGCAUGUCCCGGUGAAGUUGACGAAAUUUCUCCCGACACAGCUGAAAUAAUUGGUUUCGAUUGGAGCGAGGAGACGCAAGGUAUCAUACUCAGCUCGUUCUAUUACGGGUAUAUAGUUACUCAUCUGCCUGGUGGUAUGCUUGCUGAGCGAUUCGGUGGAAAGUACUCUUUAGGAUUCGGAGUGCUUAGUACAGCAUUCUUCACUUUAUUGACGCCGUGGACUGUUCAUGUUGGAGGAGCAACUGGACUUAUUGUGCUCAGGGUUUUAGAAGGGCUUGGUGAAGGUACAACAUUUCCAGCUCUAAAUGCUUUACUAGCACGAUGGGCUCCUGUAUCCGAGAGGGGACGAAUGGGGUCUUUAGUAUUUGGCGGUGCGCAAAUAGGAAACAUAGCUGGUACUUAUUUAUCAGGCCUCGUGAUGAAGGAGACUGGGGAGUGGCAAUCAGUGUUCUACCUAUUUGGUUCCAUCGGCAUACUAUGGUUUAUAUUAUGGGCCGUACUCUGCUACAAUGAUCCUGAAUCUCAUCCUUUUAUAUCGGAUAAAGAAAAGAAAUAUUUAGAAGAGGCAUUGGGCAGGAACCGAAGCAAUCAACCGUCUUCCAUACCGUGGAAACCGAUUUUCAUGUCGGUUCCACUUUGGGCUCUUGUGUGUGCUCAGAUUGGCCACGAUUACGGCUACUUCACUAUGGUGACAGACUUGCCCAAGUACAUGACUGGUGUGUUGAAGUUCGACAUCCACCGCACGGGUACAUUAGCAGCAUUACCUUAUGCUGUCAUGUGGGUCAGCUCCAUCAUCUUCGGCUGGAUGUGCGAUAAGAUUGUGAAGAAGAACUGGAUGACAGUCACCAACGCUAGGAAAACUUUCACCACUAUCGCAUCCGUUGGACCAGGCAUUUGUAUGAUCCUGGCAUCGUACUCUGGUUGUAAUACAGAUUCUGUUGUCAUUCUGUUUACCACAUCCAUGGGGUUGAUGGGUGCUUUCUACCCCGGUAUGAAGGUCAACGCUUUGGACUUGAGUGGGAAUUUCGCGGGAACAAUCAUGGCCAUCGUGAACGGAAUAGGAGCUAUAACUGGAAUUAUAGCGCCCUUUUUAGUAGGAUUGCUAACCCCUGAUAGUACAUUAGUGCAAUGGAGACUGGUCUUUUGGAUAGCACUAGCAGUCUUCAUAGUGACCAACUUAGUAUUCGUUGCAUGGGCAUCGGGCGACGAACAAUGGUGGAAUAACACAACUGAAGACCCUAAGAAACAGCAAGAAGUAGAAGCUAAUAGAUCAGUCAACGCCGAAGUUAAAUUG